AUAUCGUUUACAGCCUCCAGAAGUCUAGCCGCGCGUGAUUGGAUGAUGUCCAGCUUUGCCCGACUCAGAGAGGAUACAACGGGUUAGCCCAAGAUGAAGACAAGGCCGAGAGGCGGCCGGGCUCGGGGCUUGUGUGACGGCCCACGGGCGGACGGGAUGCAGCCGUGACUCUCUUCAUGCAGGACCCAUCAGCCUUGAGAGCCCUGAAACCCCCAAAAGAGCGCAGUGAAAGAGGCCCCCAAAGUGACGGGCCUUGGUCCUGCAUCCGGGGGCCACUUCGGCCGUCUUCCUCCGCAGCCUUCACACAGCCUGUCGGCCCGGACACGCUUCUUGCUUUCACGCGGGCCUCCCGCUCCUUUGCAACCCGCCCCGACACCAUGUGUGCAGGGGAAGCACCAGGCUUCUAAGUGCACCUGGAGGUCAGCCACAGGUCCGAUCCGUACUGGGUGCAAUGAAAGCUCCACGCAGGCCUUACCAUGGAAGGCUGUGACUCGCCUGUCGUCUCGGGGAAGGACAAUGGGUGCGGUAUCCCUCAGCACCAGCAAUGGACUGAACCCAACAGCGCCCACCUCCCCGACAAACCCAGUAGCAUGGAGCAGUCCGCAAGCGAGAGCCACGGGCCCCUGGACGGCCUGAGGGCCCCCUUCAAUGAGCGCCUCGCGGAGGGCACUGUCCCGGCCGGCCCUGCGGCCGAGCCCACCGGCAAGGAGGUCAGCUGCAACGAGUGCUCGGCCUCCUUCGCCAGCCUCCAGACCUACAUGGAGCAUCGCUGCCCCGGCGCGCGCCCCCCGCCGCCCCUGCGGGAGGAGAGCGGGGGCGACAGCAGCGAGGAGGGCGACGAGGAGAGUGACGUGGAGAACCUGGCCGGGGAGAUCGUGUACCAGCCGGACGGCUCGGCCUACAUCGUCGAGAGCCUGAGCCAGCUGACCCCGGGCGGGGGCGGGGGCGGGGGCGGCAGCGGACCCCUCCCGUCGCUCUUCCUGAACUCUCUCCCCGCCUCGGCGGGCAAGCAGGGGGACCCUUCCUGCGCUGCGCCCGUCUACCCACAGAUCAUCAACACUUUCCACAUAGCCUCAUCCUUCGGGAAAUGGUUUGAGGGCCCAGACCAGGCUUUCCCGAAUACCUCAGCCCUGACGGGGCUCAGCCCCGUCCUGCACAGCUUCCGCGUAUUUGACGUGCGACACAAAAGCAACAAGGAUUACCUGAACAGUGACGGCUCUGCCAAAAGCUCCUGCGUAUCCAAAGAUGUUCCCAACAAUGUGGACCUGUCCAGAUUUGAUGGCUUCGUGCUCUAUGGCAAGAGGAAGCCCAUCCUGAUGUGUUUCUUGUGCAAACUCUCCUUCGGGUACGUCCGUUCGUUUGUGACCCAUGCGGUGCACGACCAUCGAAUGACCCUGAGUGAAGACGAGCGGAAACUUCUUAGCAAUAAGAACAUCUCCGCUAUCAUCCAAGGGAUCGGCAAAGACAAGGAACCCCUUGUAAGUUUUCUGGAACCAAAAAACAAAAACUUUCAACUCCCUUUAGUUUCCACCGCUAACCUCAUAGGCCCCGGACACAGUUUUUAUGGUAAAUUUAGUGGCAUUCGAAUGGAAGGGGAGGAGGCUCUCCCAGCCGGCCCUGCCGCCGGCCCCGAGCAGCCCCAGGCUGGUAUCUUGACCCCCAGCACCCUCUUGAACCUUGGCGGGCUCACCAGCUCAGUCCUGAAGACCCCCAUUACCUCAGUCCCCCUGGGGCCUCUGGCCUCCAGUCCUACCAAAUCCUCAGAGGGCAAGGACUCUGGGGCAGCAGCAGGAGAGAAGCAAGAAGUGGGCGAUGUGGAUUGCUUCUCCGAGAAAGCAGAGCCGGCCGAGGAGGAGGCCGAGGAGGAGGAGGACGAGGAGGAGGAGGAGGAGGUGGAGGAGGAGGAGGACGAGGAGGAGGAAGAGGAGGAGGAGGAGGAGGACGAGGGCUGCAAAGGACUCUUUCCAAGCGAGUUGGACGACGAGCUGGAGGACAGGCCCCCCGAGGAGUCUGGGGCCGCAGCAGGUAGUAGCAGCAAAAAGGACCUUGCUCUCUCAAACCAAAGCAUUUCUAACUCCCCCUUAAUGCCUAACGUGCUCCAGACCCUGUCGAGGGGCGCAGCUUCUACUAGUUCUAAUUCCGCUUCUUCCUUUGUUGUCUUUGAUGGUGCGAACAGGAGGAAUCGUUUAAGCUUUAACAGUGAGGGCGUCAGGGCCAACGUGGCAGAGGGCGGCAGGAGGCUGGACUUUGCUGAUGAAAGUGCCAAUAAAGACAAUGCCACAGCACCAGAACCAAAUGAAAGCACAGAGGGGGACGAUGGGGGCUUCGUCCCCCAUCACCAGCAUGCUGGCUCCUUCUGCGAGCUUGGGGUGGGGGAGUGCCCCUCGGGGAGUGGCGUGGAGUGCCCCAAAUGCGACACGGUCCUGGGCUCCUCCCGCUCGCUGGGCGGCCACAUGACUAUGAUGCAUUCUCGCAACUCGUGCAAGACACUCAAGUGCCCCAAGUGCAACUGGCACUACAAGUACCAGCAGACGCUGGAGGCGCACAUGAAGGAGAAGCACCCGGAGCCGGGGGGCUCCUGCGUCUACUGUAAGAGCGGGCAGCCCCACCCUCGGCUGGCCCGAGGCGAGAGCUACACGUGUGGUUACAAGCCUUUCCGCUGUGAGGUGUGUAACUACUCCACAACUACCAAAGGCAACCUCAGCAUUCAUAUGCAGUCCGACAAGCAUCUCAACAACAUGCAGAACCUGCAGAACGGAGGGGGCGAGCAGGUCUUCAGCCACACGGCUGGGGCGGCGGCGGCGGCUGCUGCGGCGGCGGCGGCCGCGGCCAGUAUCGGCAGCUCCUGUGGGGCCCCCUCGCCCACCAAACCAAAAACCAAACCCACCUGGCGGUGCGAGGUGUGCGAUUACGAGACCAACGUGGCCAGGAACCUCCGCAUCCACAUGACGAGCGAGAAGCACAUGCACAACAUGAUGCUGCUGCAGCAGAACAUGACCCAGAUCCAACAUAACCGCCACCUGGGCCUCGGCAGCCUGCCCUCGCCCGCGGAGGCCGAGCUCUACCAGUACUACCUGGCCCAGAACAUGAACCUGCCCAACCUGAAGGUGGACAGCGCGGCCCCAGACGCCCAGUUCGUGAUGGGCGGAUUCCAGCUGGACCCCGCCGGGCCCAUGGCUGCCAUGACGCCCGCUCUAGUGGGCGGUGAGAUCCCCCUAGACAUGCGGCUCGGGGGCGGGCAGCUGGUGUCAGAGGAGCUGAUGAACCUGGGCGAGAGCUUCAUCCAGACCAACGACCCGUCGCUGAAGCUCUUCCAGUGUGCCGUCUGCAACAAGUUCACCACGGACACCCUGGAGCUGCUGGGGCUGCACAUGAACGUGGAGCGCAGCCUCCCUGAGGACGAGUGGAAGGCCGUGCUGGGGGACUCGUACCAGUGCAAGCUCUGCCGCUACAACACGCAGCUCAAGGCCAACUUCCAGCUGCACUGCAAGACAGACAAGCACGUGCAGAAGUACCAGCUGGUGGCCCACAUCAAGGAGGGCGGCAAAGCCAACGAGUGGCGGCUCAAGUGCGUGGCCAUCGGCAACCCUGUCCACCUCAAGUGCAACGCCUGCGACUAUUACACCAAUAGCUUGGAGAAGCUGCGGCUGCACACGGUCAACUCCAGGCACGAGGCCAGCCUGAAGCUGUACAAGCACCUGCAGCAGCACGAGAGCGGCGUGGAGGGCGAGAGCUGCUACUACCACUGCGUCCUGUGCAAGUACUCCACCAAGGCCAAGCUCAACCUCAUCCAGCACGUGCGCUCCAUGAAGCAUCAGCGCGGCGAGAGCCUGCGCAAGCUGCAGCGGCUGCAGAAGGGCCUUCCGGAGGAGGAUGAGGACCUGGGGCAGAUCUUCACCAUCCGGAGGUGCCCCUCCACCGACCCCGAAGAAGCCAUUGAAGAUGUUGAAGGGCCCAGGGAAGCGGCUGCUGACCCCGAGGAGCUUGCUAAAGACCAGGAGAGUGGAGGCGAGAAGGACCAGAGCGAGUGGGCGGCAUCAUCAAGCCAAGCAGAGAAGGAGCUGACAGAUUCUCCUGCAACCUCCAAACGCAUCUCCUUCCCAGGUAGCUCAGAGUCUCCUCUCUCUGCAAAGCGACCAAAAACAUCAGAGGAGACCAAAGCGGAGCAGAUGUACCAGUGUCCCUACUGCAAGUACAGCAACGCCGAUGUCAACCGGCUGCGGGUGCACGCCAUGACGCAGCACUCGGUGCAGCCCAUGCUCCGCUGCCCCCUGUGCCAGGACAUGCUCAACAACAAGAUCCACCUCCAGUUGCACCUCACCCACCUCCACAGCGUGGCGCCCGACUGCGUGGAGAAGCUCAUCAUGACGGUGACUACCCCCGAGAUGGCGAUGCCCAGCAGCCUGUUCCUCCCAGCGGCUGUUCCAGAUCGGGACGGGAACUCCAGUUUGGAGGAGGCAGGAAAGCCUGAAACCUCAGAUGAUCUGGGAAAGAACAUCGUGCCCUCUGCCGGCACAGAACACAGUGGCGAUGUGAAACCCUCUCCUGCUGACCCAGGCUCUGUGAGAGAAGAUUCAGGCUUCCUGUGCUGGAAGAAGGGGUGCAACCAGGUUUUCAAAACUUCCGCCACUCUCCAGGCGCACUUCAAUGAGGUCCACGCCAAGAGGCCUCAGCUGCCCGUGUCGGAUCGCCACGUGUACAAGUACCGCUGCAACCAGUGCAGCCUGGCUUUUAAGACCGUGGAAAAGCUGCAGCUCCACUCUCAGUACCACGUGAUCAGAGCUGCCACCAUGUGCUGUCUCUGUCAGCGCAGUUUCCGAACUUUCCAGGCUCUGAAAAAACACCUCGAGACGAGCCACCUGGAGUUGAGUGAGGCCGACAUCCAACAGCUUUAUGGUGGCCUUCUGGCCAAUGGAGACCUCCUGGCAAUGGGAGACCCCACCCUGGCCGAGGACCAUACUAUAAUCGUUGAGGAAGACAAGGAAGAAGAGAGUGACUUGGAGGAUAAACAGAGCCCGACGGGCAGUGACUCCGGGUCGGUACAAGAAGACUCAGGCUCAGAGCCAAAGAGAGCUCUACCUUUCAGAAAAGGCCCCAACUUCACCAUGGAAAAAUUUCUAGACCCUUCUCGCCCUUACAAGUGUACCGUCUGCAAGGAAUCUUUCACUCAGAAGAACAUCCUGCUAGUGCACUACAAUUCUGUCUCCCACCUGCAUAAGUUGAAGAGAGCCCUUCAGGAAUCGGCAGCUGGUCAGCCAGAACCCACCAGCAGCCCUGACAACAAACCUUUCAAGUGUAACACUUGUAACGUGGCCUAUAGCCAGAGCUCCACGCUGGAGAUCCAUAUGAGGUCUGUGUUGCAUCAAACCAAGGCCCGGGCAGCCAAGCUGGAGGCUGCAAGUGGCAGCAGCAAUGGCACCGCGAACAGCAGCAGCGUCUCCCUGAGCUCCUCCACCCCAAGUCCUGUGAGCACCAGUAACACCUUUACCACCACCAACCCAAGCAGUGCUGGCAUUGCUCCAAGCGCCAGCUUACUGAGCCAAGUGCCCACUGAAAGCGGAGGAAUGCCACCCCUGGGGAAUCCCAGCGGUGCCAACACCGCUUCCCCUUCAGAGCCCAAGGAAGCCAAUCGGAAGAAGCUGGCAGAUAUGAUCACAUCCAGGCAGCAGCAGCAGCAGCAAGCACAGACCCUGGCCCAGGCCCAGGCCCAAGUUCAAGCUCACCUGCAGCAGGAGCUGCAGCAGCAGGCGGCCCUGAUCCAGUCCCAGCUGUUUAGCCCCACCCUCCUUCCUCACUUCCCCAUGGCCACGGAGACCCUGCUGCAGCUGCAGCAGCAGCAGCAUCUCCUCUUCCCCUUCUACAUCCCCAGCGCCGAGUUCCAGCUCAGCCCCGAGGUGAGCCUGCCGGUGACGGGCGGGGCGCUGGCGCUGACGGGGGCGGGCCCAGGCUUGCUGGAAGAGCUGAAGGCGCAGGUGCAGGUCCCGCAGCAGGGCCAUCAGCAGGUCCUGCAGCAGCAGCAGCAGCAGAGCCAGCUCUCUCUGCCCCAGAGUCACUCUGCCCUCCUACAGCCCAGCCAGCACAUCGAGAAGAAAAACAAAUUGGUCAUCAAAGAAAAGGAAAAAGAAAGCCAGAGAGAGAGGGACGGUGCCGAGGGGGGAGAGGGCAACUCGGGACCAAAGGAAUCACUGCCAGAUGCCUUGAAGGCCAAAGAGAAGAAAGAAUUGGCCCCAGGGGGUAGUUGUGAGCCUUCCAUGCUCCCUCCACGCAUCGCCUCGGACGCCAGAGGGAACGCCACCAAGGCCUUGCUGGAGAACUUUGGCUUUGAGCUGGUCAUUCAGUACAACGAGAACAAGCAGAAGGUACAGAAGAAGAACGGGAAAACCGAGCAGGGGGAGAAUCCGGAAAAGCUCGAGUGCGACUCCUGUGGCAAGUUGUUCUCGAACAUCUUGAUUUUAAAGAGUCAUCAAGAGCAUGUUCACCAGAAUUACUUUCCCUUUAAACAGCUGGAGAGGUUUGCCAGACAGUACCGAGAGCACUACGACAAGCUGUACCCCUUGAGGCCUCAGACCCCCGAGCCGCCGCCGCCGCCCCCGCCGCCACCCCCGCUUCCGGCAGCGCCGCCCCAGCCGGCCUCCACACCAGCCAUCCCCGUGUCAGCGCCACCCAUCACCUCGCCCACGAUUGCGCCAGCCCAGCCAUCCGUGCCGCUCACCCAGCUCUCCGUGCCCAUGGAGCUGCCCAUCUUCUCACCACUGAUGAUGCAGACGAUGCCGCUGCAGAGCUUGCCGGCCCAGCUGCCCCCUCAGCUUGGUCCUGUGGAGCCUCUGCCUGCGGACCUGGCCCAGCUCUACCAGCAUCAGCUCAAUCCAAGUCUGCUCCAGCAGCAGAAUAAGAGGCCUCGCACCAGGAUCACAGAUGACCAGCUCCGAGUCCUGCGGCAAUAUUUUGACAUUAACAACUCCCCCAGUGAGGAGCAGAUCAAAGAGAUGGCAGACAAGUCCGGGUUGCCCCAGAAAGUGAUCAAGCACUGGUUCAGAAACACUCUCUUCAAAGAGCGGCAGCGUAACAAGGACUCCCCUUACAACUUCAGCAACCCUCCCAUCACCAGCCUGGAGGAGCUCAAGAUCGACUCGCGGCCCCCUUCGCCAGAACCUCAGAAGCAGGAGUACUGGGGGAGCAAGAGGUCUUCAAGAACAAGAUUUACUGACUACCAGCUGAGGGUCCUGCAGGACUUCUUUGAUGCCAAUGCUUACCCCAAGGACGAUGAAUUUGAGCAACUCUCUAAUUUACUGAACCUUCCAACCCGAGUCAUAGUGGUCUGGUUUCAAAACGCCCGACAGAAGGCCAGGAAAAAUUACGAGAAUCAGGGAGAGGGCAAAGACGGAGAGCGGCGGGAACUUACAAAUGAUAGGUAUAUUCGAACGAGCAACUUGAACUACCAGUGCAAAAAAUGUAGCCUGGUGUUUCAGCGCAUCUUUGAUCUCAUCAAGCACCAGAAGAAGCUGUGUUACAAGGAUGAGGAUGAGGAGGGGCAGGAUGACAGCCAAAACGAGGAUUCCAUGGACGCCAUGGAAAUCCUGACGCCCACCAGCUCCUCGUGCAGCACCCCGAUGCCCUCCCAGGCUUACAGCACCCCAGCACCAACGGCCAAUACAGCUUCCGCUGCUUUCUUGCAGCUUACAUCAGAGGCUGAUGAACUGGCCGCCUUCAGUUCAAAACCAGAGGCGAGUGAUGAGAAACCAAAGCAGGCUGAACCUCCCAGUGCCCAGCCAAACCAGACCCAAGAAAAGCAAGGACAACCAAAGGCAGAGCUGCAGCUGCAAGAGCAGCCCGAGCAGAAGACAAAUGCAGCCCAGCAAAAGCUCCCGCAGCUGACGUCCCCUGCUCCGUUGCCCCAGCCUCCUCCGCAAGCGCCGCCCCCUCAGUGCCCCUUACCCCAGUCGAGCCCCAGUCCCUCCCAGCUCUCCCACCUGCCCCUGAAGCCCCUCCACACGUCAACUCCUCAGCAGCUGGCCAGCCUACCUCCUCAGCUAAUCCCCUACCAGUGCGAGCAGUGCAAGCUGGCGUUUCCGUCGUUCGAGCACUGGCAGGAGCACCAGCAGCUUCACUUCCUGAGCGCGCAGAACCAGUUCCUCCACCCCCAGUUUCUGGACAGGUCCCUGGAUAUGCCUUUCAUGCUGUUUGACCCUAGUAACCCACUGCUGGCAAGCCAGCUGCUCUCUGGGGCCAUACCUCAGAUUCCGGCAAGCUCGGCCACUUCCCCUUCAACUCCCACCUCCACGAUGAACACUCUGAAGAGGAAGCUGGAGGAAAAGGCCAGUGCCAGCCCUGGAGAGAAUGACAGUGGGACGGGAGGAGAAGAACCUCAGAGAGACAAGCGCUUGAGGACAACUAUUACACCAGAACAGCUAGAAAUUCUCUACCAAAAGUAUCUCUUGGACUCCAAUCCAACUCGAAAGAUGUUGGAUCACAUUGCGCAUGAGGUGGGUUUGAAGAAACGCGUGGUACAAGUCUGGUUUCAGAACACCCGAGCCCGGGAACGGAAAGGACAGUUCAGGGCUGUGGGCCCAGCCCAGGCCCACAGGAGAUGCCCUUUUUGCAGAGCGCUCUUCAAAGCCAAGACUGCCCUGGAGGCUCAUAUCCGGUCCCGUCAUUGGCAUGAAGCCAAGAGAGCUGGCUACAACCUAACUCUGUCUGCGAUGCUCUUAGACUGCGAUGGGGGACUCCAAAUGAAAGGAGAUAUUUUUGAUGGAACUAGCUUUUCCCACCUACCCCCAAGCAGUAGUGAUGGCCAAGGUGUUCCCCUCUCACCUGUGAGCAAAACCAUGGAGUUGUCUCCUAGAACUCUUCUUAGCCCUUCUUCCAUCAAGGUGGAAGGGAUUGAAGACUUUGAAAGCCCUUCCAUGUCCUCAGUUAAUCUAAACUUUGACCAAACUAAGCUGGACAACGACGACUGUUCCUCAGUCAACACAGCGAUCACAGAUACCACUACUGGAGACGAGGGCAAUGCGGAUAACGACAGUGCGACGGGAAUAGCAACUGAAACCAAAUCCUCUUCCGCGCCCAGUGAAGGGUUGACCAAAGCGGCCAUGAUGGCAAUGUCUGAGUAUGAAGAUCGGUUGUCAUCCGGUCUGGUCAGCCCAGCCCCGAGCUUUUACAGCAAGGAAUAUGACAAUGAAGGUACGGUGGACUACAGUGAAACCUCGAGCCUUGCAGACCCCUGCUCCCCAAGCCCUGGUGCAAGUGGGUCAGCAGGCAAAUCUGGAGACAGUGGGGAUAGGCCCGGGCAGAAACGUUUUCGCACCCAGAUGACCAAUCUGCAGCUGAAGGUCCUCAAGUCAUGCUUUAAUGACUACAGGACACCCACCAUGCUAGAGUGUGAAGUCCUGGGCAAUGACAUUGGACUGCCAAAGAGAGUGGUUCAGGUCUGGUUCCAGAAUGCCCGGGCAAAAGAAAAGAAGUCCAAGUUAAGCAUGGCCAAGCAUUUUGGUAUAAACCAAACAAGUUACGAGGGACCCAAAACAGAGUGCACUUUGUGUGGCAUCAAGUACAGCGCUCGGCUGUCUGUACGUGACCAUAUCUUUUCCCAACAGCAUAUCUCCAAAGUUAAAGACACCAUUGGAAGCCAGUUGGACAAGGAGAAAGAAUACUUUGACCCAGCCACUGUACGUCAGCUGAUGGCUCAACAAGAGUUGGACCGGAUCAAAAAGGCCAAUGAGGUCCUCGGACUGGCAGCGCAGCAGCAAGGGAUGUUUGACAACGCCCCUCUUCAGGCUCUCAACCUUCCGACAGCAUAUCCGGCCAUCCAGGGCAUUCCGCCCGUGUUGCUCCCCGGCCUCAACAGCCCCUCCUUGCCCGGCUUUACUCCAUCCAACACAGCUUUAACGUCUCCUAAACCGAACUUGAUGGGUCUGCCCAGCACAACAGUUCCUUCCCCCGGCCUCCCCACGUCUGGAUUACCAAAUAAACCGCCCUCAGCGUCGCUGAGCUCCCCCACCCCAGCACAGGCCCCCACGGCGACGGCCCCUCUGCCAAGCCCCCAACCGCAGCCGCCGCAGGCGCAGCCGCCGCCGCCGCCAGCAGCCCAGCCAUCACCCACGCCGCAGCUCCCGCCGCAGCAGCAGCAACAGCAACGCAAGGACAGAGACGGUGAGAAGGGAAAGGAGAAGGAAAAGGCACACAAAGGGAAAGGGGAACCCCUGCCCGUCCCCAAGAAGGAGAAAGGAGAGGCCCCCACGGCGGCCGCAGCCACGAUCUCAGCACCGCUGCCCGCCAUGGAGUAUGCAGUGGACCCUGCGCAGCUGCAGGCCCUGCAGGCAGCCUUGACUUCGGACCCCACAGCGUUGCUCACGAGCCAGUUCCUCCCUUACUUUGUACCAGGCUUCUCUCCUUAUUACGCCCCCCAGAUCCCCGGCGCCCUGCAGAGCGGGUACCUGCAGCCUAUGUACGGCAUGGAAGGCCUGUUCCCCUACAGCCCUGCGCUGUCGCAGGCCCUGAUGGGGCUGUCCCCGGGCUCCCUACUGCAGCAGUACCAGCAAUACCAGCAGAGUCUGCAGGAGGCCAUCCAGCAGCAGCAGCAGCGGCAGCUGCAGCAGCAAAAAGUGCAGCAGCCCAAAGCAAGCCAAACCCCAGUCCCCCAGGGGGCUGCUUCCCCAGACAAAGACCCUGCCAAAGAAUCCCCCAGACCAGAAGAGCAGAAAAACGCACCCCGUGAGGUGUCCCCCCUCCUGCCGAAACCCCCCGAAGAGCCAGAAGCAGAAAGCAAAAGUGCGGACUCCCUCUACGACCCCUUCAUUGUUCCAAAGGUGCAGUACAAGUUGGUCUGCCGCAAGUGCCAGGCGGGCUUCAGUGACGAGGAGGCGGCGAGGAGCCACCUGAAGUCCCUCUGCUUCUUCGGCCAGUCUGUGGUGAACCUGCAAGAGAUGGUGCUUCACGUCCCCACGGGCGGCGGCGGCGGCGGCGGCAGCGGCGGCGGCUCGUACCACUGCCUGGCGUGCGAGAGCGCGCUCUGUGGGGAGGAAGCUCUGAGUCAACAUCUCGAGUCGGCCUUGCACAAACACAGAACAAUCACGAGAGCAGCAAGAAACGCCAAAGAGCACCCUAGUUUAUUACCUCACUCUGCCUGCUUCCCCGAUCCUAGCACCGCAUCUACCUCGCAGUCUGCCGCUCACUCAAACGACAGCCCCCCUCCCCUGUCGGCCGCCGCCCCCUCCUCGUCCUCCGCUUCCCCCCACGCCUCCAGGAAGUCUUGGCCGCAAGUGGUCUCCCGGGCUUCGGCCGCGAAGCCCCCUUCUUUUCCUCCUCUCUCCUCAUCUUCAACGGUUACCUCAAGUUCAUGCAGCACCUCAGGGGUUCAGCCCUCGAUGCCAACAGACGACUAUUCGGAGGAGUCUGACACGGAUCUCAGCCAAAAGUCCGACGGACCGGCGAGCCCGGUGGAGGGUCCCAAAGACCCCAGCUGCCCCAAGGACAGUGGUCUGACCAGUGUAGGAACGGACACCUUCAGAUUGUAAGCUUUGAAGAUGAACAAUACAAACAAAUGAAUUUAAAUAAAAAAAUUAAUAACAAACCAAUUUCAAAAAUAGACUAACUGCAAUUCCAAAGCUUCUAACCAAAAAAAAAAAAAAAAAAAGGAAAAAAAAGAAAAAGCG